GUUCUCUUUGCUCAUAGGCUACAAACAAAGUAGCAAAGGAAGAAGGAGUAUGUCUGCAUCGUCGAUGUCUGCGGCGUUGCUCGCCAAGCAGCUGAAGGCGGCGACAAAGAACCCCAUCGAUGGGUGCAAGGUCGGCCUGGUGGGUGACGACAUCUACCACUGGGAGGUUUACAUGGCCGGCCCGCCGGACUCAACCCACGAGGGAGGAGUCUUUCGUGCUGAGCUUGAGUUUCCCAAGGACUAUCCGUACAACCCGCCCAAGAUGUCCUUCACCUCCACCAUGUGGCACCCGAACAUCCACGGCCCGCCGGACACCGGCAAGGUUUGUAUCUCCAUUCUCCACCCGCCGGUGGAGGAGUUUGGCUCGGGUGAGUCGCUCGCCGAGCGGUGGAAUCCCAUCCAGACUGUCGAGACCGUCCUCAUCUCGGUCCGCUCGCUGCUGGGCGACCCCAAUCUCUCGUCGCCGGCCAACAUCGACGCUGGCGUCGAGUACCGCAACGAUAUGGACGCGUACAAGGCCCGCCUCCGCGAACUCUGCGAAAAGUCGCUGCGCGAGCUGCCCGAGGGCUUCCAGCCGCCCGAGGCUGCUCCCUCUGCCCCGGUCGUCCGCGAGGACUCGGUCCAGUCGGUCGGCGACUGGGUUCUGGAGGAGGACUCCGAGUACGACGAAGACGAGGAGGACAUGCUGGAGUCGGACUGAGACCGCAAUAACAUCAUUUGUACACACUC